AUGGCUUCCAAUGCGAUGAGAGGCGCAAGCGGAGGCACUGCUCCUCAAAGUGUUGAGAAUAUCACACGCAUAGCUCAGAACUAUGAGUAUAACGCUUCUGUUCCUCUAAAAUAUUGGCUGAGGACUGCCGCCACGCUUUUGCGAGAGGCUCGUAUUUACGAACGUGAAGGACACGAUGAACAAGCCUAUCUCAUUCUCUUCCGUCAUGCCCAGUUAAUCUUGGUCCAUCUUUCCAAGCACCCUGAUACGAAAAAGAAUGACGAAGAUCGCAAGGCCCUGGUGGCAGCUGAGAAAGAGGUUGAGAAAAACCUUAGCAAGCUGGAAGUUCUAAGGCCGCGGAUCAAUAAGCGAUAUGAGCGAUAUACUCAGUUGAUGCGGGAGCGUGAAUCUCGAAAACACCCCUCACAAGCCAAAAUCAUCGCCGAACCGCGAGACCAAGUCCCAGAUCCUGCUCUCGCUGGUGUGGCAGAGCCUUUAGAAGCAGGAGAGAAUCGAGAUCUCGCUGUGCAGCUAGCCCAAUCGGAGCUCAACCGCCGAGCCACCGUCCGAGGUUCAAAGGGUCUUUCAGGGCCAUCCAUCGAAGGACUGGAAAGUCGUCGCGCAGCGGGUGUUUGGGGAGACGGGGAACACACCAAACCAGACAGUCGCAUGGGGGAUCAAGAUCUCAGCCAACGGAUUCAAAACAUCAGGUCCAACAUCGACCACACGAGGCAAGCUUAUGGCCAAGGUACCAAAGUGUCUGAGCUUCCUUUGUCCGAUAUGUCCGCAUAUAAGUAUCCAACCGUACCGCGCCAAAGGGCCCUAGAGCCUACUGUGUCUCCGGGCCACAUUGCUAUCCUUGAUAAGAAUGCCGAACGCCAUGCACCCCCGAUAUUACCUCCUAAAGAGCACCUUAUGCCUAGCCGAGCAUCCAUUAUCGAUAGUUCUGCAAUAGCCAUGGCACCCUCACUGCCUGCUAAGAUAUCGCCGACUCCGGCAGUGCCUGAGAAGAUGCAAGUCCCUAAAGAAACUACCCCCACACGUUCGGAUCUAGAUCCCUCGAGUUACACAUUCAAACCAUCGGCAUAUCUCGAAAAUGGGACUCCUUUGCGUUCGGUCUUCUUGCCCGCGAACCUCCGAUCCCGCUUUUUAUCUCUAGCUUCCCCGAACACUCGUGCCAAUCUUGAGACUUGUGGUAUCUUAUGCGGAACUCUGGUCUCCAACGCGCUCUUUAUAUCAAAACUGGUCAUCCCUGAGCAGACAUCGACAUCAGACACAUGUGAGACGGUGAAUGAGUCGGCUCUUUUCGACUACUGCGACUCCGAGGAUUUGAUGACGCUUGGCUGGAUCCAUACACAUCCCUCGCAGACCUGCUUCAUGAGCUCGCGCGACCUCCACACGCACUGCGGUUAUCAAGUGAUGCUGCCCGAGAGCAUUGCAAUUGUGUGCGCUCCGAGUAAAACCCCCGACUGGGGUGUGUUCCGACUGACUGAUCCUCCGGGUCUCAAGACGGUUCUAAACUGCAGCCAGACCGGUCUGUUCCACCCACAUGCCGAAGAGAAUAUUUACACUGGGGCAUUGCGGCCAGGGCACGUUGUCGAAGUCAGUGGGUUAGAAUUCGACACAGUGGAUCUUCGUCCAGAUGCCUGA